AUGCAGGGGAGAUAAUAAAAAAAAUGCAAAAUUAUGCUACAAGUAUAUACGUAAUUCUCGUCGAUUAUUGUUGAAUAACCAAAAGGUUUAACUGUUUUUAAAGGAGAGACAUGUUGCUAUUUGAGAGACACAACGAAGAUUUACAACGGCACAUGUACAAGUUGUACCAAGAUGGUGACAUGUGCGACCUUGAAUUGUUUUCUCAAGAUGGAGUCUCAUACCGAGUUCAUAGACUUGUUCUCACGGCAUCAUCUAAAUAUCUGUAUAACCUUUGUAUACAGUCCACUGAUUUUACCAGUUUUCCUUUAAAUAUUAAGGGUGAUGUACUGCAUGUUUUGCUGGAGUUUUGUUACACAGGCAAGUUAUUCCUGACAGCAGAAAGAUGGGCAGAUCUACAGGAGGGUGCAGUUAUAUUACAGAUGUACAAUGUUCUUGAAUUGCUGAGCAAACAAAAAGGUGGAACCAGUCACAUAAAUGAGAAUAUAGAAGUAGGGAACCAGUCACAGACUGGUGAUUAUCGUGUAGAUAAUAACAAGGACAAUUCAGCUACUAGUCAAUAUAAACUUGAAGGUCAAACAAAUAUUGAUGAUAAUGAAACACUUGAAGGAAACCAAUCUAAUCAAAUUAUUAUUGUAAAAGAGGAGGUGCCCAUGGUUAAUGAGGAGGGUAAUCCACAGGGUUCAUCGUCUUAUAACAAUACUGAAAAGGUCAGAAUCGCAAAAUAUAAAACUCGGUCAUGCUCAAAAGUCAAUGAAACUAAAAAUGAUGUAAAAGACGUUGAAUAUCUAGAUGACCCUAAUCACAGUAAAAGGUCAACAGCAUUUACAGGGGUCAAAGGUCGUAGAUCAUCUUCAAAGGUUAACAGUAGUGAUCCAGAUUAUGAACCCGAGAUUAAAAAGGUUAAAAUAAUGAAAACUAGAGUGAUCAAGACAAGAAGUAAAAAAAACUGUAAGGAAACAGAAAAUGUUAAAAUAUUCAAUGGAUCUGAUGAAAAAAGACAGAUUUUUAUAAGAAUUAAAAAUUCCAAGAUUAAAAAGUCUGUUGGGUGCAACAGGAGGAAAAAGGCAGGCCGUAGUAUAAAUAGGAAAGUUUUUGUCCCUAAAGGUACAAGCAGAAGUUGUCCAGAUUGUAGCAAGACCUUCAUGUCCUCAGUUUUACUUCAUAGACAUCAAUUAUGUGUACAUUUUACCAAAAACUGUUCUGGUUUACGGCAUAUUCAUACCGUAAAAUUAUCAAAACAUAGCUCUGAUAUUAGUAACUGUGAGAUAGAUAAAACCUUUCCUCCGCCACUUAUGAAAUUUAAAUGUAGAGUAUGUAAUAUUAGGUUUACGAAAUAUUGCCAGUUUACACUGCAUCAUCGUAAAAGACAUAAAAACCUUACAAGACCGCUGGAGAGUUGGUUAAGAUAUUGUUCAGUUAAACUAGCUAUGCAAAAAUUACUUGUGCCAUUUGCAAAGGAUAGAAAUUGUAAUAGUGGUUUAGUAAGUACAACAAAGGGAAGUGGUAGGAAACAAAAGGAAAGGACAUUUCAGUGUACGUAUUGUAAUAAAAUGCUCCUAACACAUUACACACUGGAGGCACACAAGAGGAAUAUGCACGGAGAUAUGGGGGGACGGGAAAUAAUACGUAGAGAGAAGAUCGUGCCACCUGAGCCACUGUUUGUCUGUGCCGAUUGUAAUAAAUCUAAAGGGACAUUGCGGGCACUCAAUCAUCAUUUACAGCUUCAACACAAGUACAGCUCUAGUGAAGCAAACAGUAUACAGCACUGGCUGCCAGCCAGUCUACCAUGUGAACACUGUGAGUACAAGACACGGGAUCUACAGAUAAUGAAAACACAUGUGACUGAGGCACACCCGUUUGUAAAAUACCAGUGUACGGAAUGUUCCCUCACAUUUAAGGUUCUUCUGCUAAUGAAGCGUCAUAGAUUUAGUUGUCACGUGAUAGGAAAAUAUAACUUCCACUGUCAGCACUGCGAGAAGUCAUUUAAGAAAGGAUCUAUGCUGAGAAAACAUGAGUACUUUAAACAUGGUAUUGAGCACGAUGAUGUGAAGAUUUUUUUCUGCAAGCACCCAGGUUGUACGUACAAGACGUAUGCAUCAACAGCCAUAAAACUUCACCAGAAUAAACAUGUGACAGAGAAAUUAUUCCCAUGUGAAUACUGUGGACUUAAACUCAAAACCAAAUUGAUUCAUGAAAAGCAUGUGGCAAAGAUGCAUCUUGGGAUACGUCCAUUUUUGUGUCAGGUGUGCGGUUUGAAUUUUGGAGAGAAACACGAACUUCAGUCACAUAUAACAAACAAACACUCCAAUGAGAGAAAUUAUCAGUGCCAGUUCUGUUCGUACCGUACAGCUGUGAAGGCAACUUUUUUUACUCAUGUUUUCAACGUGCAUAAGGUUCGGGCCGAGGAAGACAAGAGAGAACUUUUCUCAUGCCCGCAUUGUCCAUUCACGUCCAUCCUCAAAUAUCGAUACCAGACCCAUCUCAAUGGACACACAAACACCCGUAACUAUGAGUGCAAACUUUGCUCGAAAACGUUUGUAUCAGCUAAUACAUUACGAUCUCACAAACAAUGGGUGCAUUCUGAUAAGGUAUACUCUUGUUCCCAGUGUGAUUAUCAGACGAAAACUUCGCAAAAAAUUGAAUGAACAUAUCCGAGUCCAGCACCAGUUGCAAGGCUUCAAACCGUAUAAAUGCCCGUAUUGCGAGUUCCGGUGCGCUACCGGAGGUAACACUAGGAAACAUGUGAAACAAGUACAUAAAGGUCAAGAGGUGACCUAUGUAAGGGAUGAUGAUUUAUUGGCUGCAGCACGAAUGGCUCGAGCCUCGGGACAUUAUGCCUCGUUACUCAACACUUUGUCAUCGGUGCAUCUAACACGUGAAGUGAGUGAAGAUGAAAGAUCAGAACUCUCAGAAAAUAUUCUCCACAUAGCCUUAUAGUUAUAUGUUUUAUAUACAUUACAGUUACUGUUGUUUUUAUUGGGAAAUUGUAUUCAACUUAGGUGGUUUUUAAUAGGCCAGGAUCUCAUAGAGCGCUGAAGCAACAAGGCUUAAGGUUAUAAAACUGUCUCAAAUCUUAUGAUUUUCAUUGGUCGGUGCUCUUUCUUAGCAAGUUUCAGACCAAUCAAAUGCCUGAGAUCUGGGUUCCAUUAUGGUGAAAUACAUGAGAGACAGUUAAAAAUACUAGGUAAAGAUAUUCUUACAAUCUUUAAUUGUAAACAUGUUCAUCUUUGUAUUUUUGUGGCAUUAAUAUUUGGAGAUUAUGGAGGAGUCUAUGAACCUUAUUGGGUGUCUGACAUGUGAAGUUAGUGAAAAUGAAUGGUUAGAAUUCUCAGAUAAUAUUCUCCACAUAGCCUUAUCAUUGAUAUGUUUUUAUAUACAUAAAUUAUGUGGUUGUAAGAAAGUUUGUUGUUAGUAGAUAAAUAUUGUGAAUUUAUUGGGAAAAAUAAUCUAUGCUUAUAUGUUAUUAUAUUUUUAAAAUUUAUACAUUGAUGAUUUAAGUUUUCAAACCACAAGGGGGAUUACCCUAGUGGUUUUUUUUACUGUAUAAAUGGUUAAGUUAGCGACACAGAAAUAUUGGCAAAUUGUGCAAAUUGAUGAAAAUCGCUUACAUUUCAUUUAGAGUAAAUAUAAACCAACUGGUCGCUAAAUUCUACUUUUAUUUUCUUGGAAUAAAUGUUAGUGACAAUAUUUUUUUCUUUUUAAUACUUUUUCAAAAUUUUCAUAAAAAUUAGCAUGAAUCUGGAGGCAUGCUGCUUUAAAAGACAAGUUGAUUUUUAUACUGAAUUAUAAUCAGUGUGGUUCUUGGUCUUACAUUUCAUUUGUUUAUAUAUUGAUAUUGUUAAGGAUAAGUAAAAUCAUGUUUUAAAAUACUGUAGUGUUCAACCCAUUGAUGAGUGUUUCUUAUGACUAUCAAAUAAAAUAGUGUUAUCACAAUAGAAAUUGCAUAUUUAUCACAUUUUAAUUUAUAGUUGAAUCUCUUAAUUUUACGAUUAAGUGAUUAUCAGAUUUAAGCCAUGAAAAAUUCAACUCUAGCACAGUUUUGAUAUAUUUAUUUUAGAAAUACUUAUUCAUUUGUUUUUAUAACAUAUUCUUUUGUAUGAUUUUUUGUCAUUGUUUUUAAUCAGGUAAUGGCAAUUUAAACUUAAAUAUUUGUUUUCUCUUUCUUACCAAUUAGUGGUAGUUUUUAUGUCAAUACUAUUUUUUUAUUCUUUUUAUUUUUUUAUCAAAAAGUGGCAGUUUUAAUGUUAAUAUAAAGAGAAUGCGGAGGGUGUUAUUUCAGUUCAAGGGUUGCUAAUAUGCACUUUAUUACCCUGAGAGAUAUGUUAAUUUUUGAUUAUACCAAACCAACAUUUUAAUGUAAUUUUUACCGCUAUGCAUACAUUUUUUUAUCAAGGGAGAGAACUAGAAAUACGUUUCCUUAAGUCUAUAUAGAUUACUCUCCCCUGGGGAAUAUUACAAAGGUGAUGUUCAUUUCCAGGAUGAGAGAUCAAAAUAACACCAUGUGACGUCACAUUAGGCUGUAGGGAGUUUAUGUGAGGUAAAAUAAUAUUAUUUUAAAGUAUGCCUACAGUCCUAUUUUAAGUGUUACAUCAAUAAGUUAAUUGUAUAAAUUCUGCAAACUUUGUGAAGUUCUAACAUAAGUCAUGUUGAGCUAUAAUGACUACCUGAUGUAAACUGAUCAUAAGUGUGUCAAUCAAAUGAUUUCUAUUCAAUUUUAUAUACUAGUAUUUAAAAAUUUAAGUGUUGACAAUACUUUUUGCGUUGUCUUGUCAUAAACUAGCUAGAUCUGUAUAAUGAAAGUUAGAAAAGUUUGCUAGAUUUUCUCCCCCCCCCCAUCCCCCCGUCUGUGAUUUACUCCAAUAAAUGCUGUAGUUACUUAAUAUUUUCAUAAUUUACUAACAGAAGGUGCAUUUGUCUCAAUUGUAUUGUGUUUAAUUUCAUUUCAUAUUUCUUGUAAAAAUACUUAAUUAUGCACCUUGUCAGAUUUUUCAUAAAAACUUACACCUGCUUAUAAAUGAUUGGCUAAUUUUGUCAAGUGUUUGGCUAAUUAUAUCAUGUGUUUGGUAAAUUAUAUCAUAAUGGUUUUCAAAUUCUUGCCAAUGUAUGGCUAAUGACUUGUGUUUCUCUAAUUCUAUAUGUUGAGUAAAAUUCUUACUCAUAGAUGUUACAUUCUGAUUUAAUUGUGGGGUAUACAGUUGGCCUGCUCUAGCAUGAUUGAAUUAUUCUUUGAAAUGAAAAGCUUAUUAAAGCGUAAUGUUUUGGUGAUAUCGAAUUAUCCCAAAUGUCAAUAUUUUUUUAAACUGACCAAUCAAAUUACUCAAAAUUUUAAGUUUUUUAAACUGUCAUAUCAAAUUACUCCAAAUGUCAAGUUUUUAAACUGACCAAUCAAAUUACUCCAAAUGUCAAGUUUUUAAACUGACCAAUCAAAUUACUCCAAAUGUCAAGUUUUUAAACUGACCAAUCAAGUUACUCCAAAUGUCAAGUUUUUUAAACUGACCAAUCAAAUUACUCCAAAUGUCAAGGUUUUUUAAUUGUUUUAUCAAAUGUAUCCAAAUGUCAAGUUUGUUUUUUAACUGUUGCAUCAAAUUACUUCAAAUAUAAAGUUCUUUAAACUGACCAAUCAAAUUACUCCAAAUGUCAAGUUAACUGACCAAUCAAAUUACUCCAUAUGUCAAGUUUUUAAACUGACCAAUAUAGAAAUAAUUUUAUAUUUAGUAAUACAAUUCUUUAUUCAAAACUGUUGGCUGUUUAAUUUCUUGUUAAUUAUUGUACAUAUUUCUUAUGCUUAUUGUUUAUAAUAAAUUUAUGUUAAAUAUAUUAUGUUAUAUAAUAUAUAGCUUUAUAUAUUAUGUAAGAUGUUUUAAAGUUUAUUUUAGCUGGAUCAUGUUUAAAUAUUGAAGUGUAUCAGAACUAGCAGUUCUGCUGUGAAAUUUCUUUAAGAAUUUUGUCAUUUUUAUGCCAUAAUUUGCUUUUGUUAUAAUUCAGCAUAAAAUUAUGGUUAUGUAAAGUUUUAGUUGAUGUAAUAAAGUAUGUUACUGUUCAGUUAGGUAUAAAAUGUUAAAAUAUAUUGCCCGAUAUUGUUCACCAUGUUGUUAUUCAAAGUCAAAUGAAUAUUGUUAAUAAAAUUUGUUUGGUUCUUG